AUGGGUGCACCACCUAUUGGCUAUCCUCAUUGGUUGGGGCCGUAUUACGGAGGCUUCCGGUUCUUCUUCCACGCAAGGAAGAUGACAGCUGAGGGCUACCGCAAGGUCAAGUCUCAGGGUGUAUUCAAGCUGCCUCGCUGGAACAGCUGGCUCUACGUAGUCGCCGGGGAUACUUUAGUGAAGGAGAUUCAUUCAUUGCCAGAUGACACGUUAUCCCUGCUAGAGUCUGCCUACGAGGAGUUGCAAAUGAAGUACACGAUGGGAGAGAAUCUUCAUUUCGACCCUUACCACGUCCCCGUGUUGAAAGUUAAACUCCGCCGCAAUCUCGAACACAUGGUCUCUGAAACGACGGAAGAGGUACUUCUAGCCUUUGAGGAGCAGAUUGGUAGACACUGCGAUGAUGAGUGGAAAGAGAUGGAUGUCGUGGAACCCCUAGUCAAGGUUAUGUCCAGGACAUUCAAUCGCAUCAUAGUUGGCCCCUCCCUAUGUAGGAAUGAAAAUUACAUCGAAAUUGCCUCCCGAAGUGCACUUGAGCGAUUCAUCAUCGGGUUUUUCAUAAAUACAUUCCCGAGCUUCUUGAGACCCCUGGUUGGGCGACUCGUGACGCGACUUCCAAAGACUGUAGCCGCUUCCAUGAAGCACUACCUCCCUAUGAUACUUGAUAGGAAAGCAGCUAUUUCGGAAUAUGGAAAGGACUGGUCGAAUAAGCCGAACGACGUACUUUCUUGGCUGAUGGACAUAGCAAAAGGUACUCAAUCGGAUCCGCAUGAUUUGACUAUACGACUUUUAGCCGUAAACGGUGCUUCGACUCAUACCUCGUCGCUGUCCUUCACGCAAGCUAUCAUCAAUAUGGCUGUGCAUGCCGACUAUGCAGGGCCGCUGAGAGAAGAAGCGCACUGCAUCAUUGAUUCGUUCGGAUGGUCCAAAGCUGCUCUCGAUCGUCUCGUCAAAAUGGACAGCUUCCUUAAGGAGUCCAUGCGAGUGAAUGGAUUGGGUUCAGUCACACAUGCUCGUCGGGCAGUCAAACCAAUUCGCCUCUCCGACGGGACAUAUGUCCCUGAGGGCUCUUAUAUCUCUGCCGCUUUGGACGUUCAUUUCGACGAGAGACACUACCCCAAUCCAGAAAUAUUCAAUGGCUGGAGGUUUUAUGAUGAUUCUAACUCACUCGCUAAUGGGGAGGAUGGAUUUGUGGUACCUAAACUGCACUAUCUGCCCUGGGGAUAUGGGAAACAUGCUUGGUAUCCCGGUCGUUUUAUCGUAGCCUACGUCAUGAAGGCACUUAUGGCACACAUCGUAUUAAAUUAUGACCUGAAGAUGGGUGGUAACGGCGGGCGACCGAGAGACGUGUGGUUUGGAUACAUGUGCAGUCACAGCAGAUCUGUGAAGUAA